AUGUAUCUAGAUAGGUGUGAUGGAGGAUACACUCUCGAAGCUUGGAAAUAUGUGCAAGAAAAUGGAACUUGUUCUGGCGGCCUAUAUUUGGCUAGGGGCUGCUGCAAGCCGUACUCUUUUCAUCCAUGCGGAGAGCACGCAGGUCAGCCAUAUUAUGGCGAGUGCGAGAAAGAUAAUGAGGACACCCCCGUCUGCCGUGAGAAAUGUCAAUUUGUUUACAGAAAGCGAUACGCUGACGACAAAAUAUAUGCAAAAAGUGCAUACUUGGUUGAUCAAGAUGAAGAAGCUAUACAAAAAGAGAUAAUGACGGGAGGGCCCGUUCAAGCUGCAUUCCUGGUAUACUUAGACUUUCACUUCUACUCCGGCGGAGUUUAUGUGCAUUCAAUUGACUGGCUUGUGGGAGCUCACGCUAUUAAAAUUAUUGGGUGGGGUGUGGAGGACGGUUUGAAGUACUGGCUGGUUGCAAACUCUUGGAACUCAGAUUGGGGAGAAGAGGGUUAUUUCAAAAUCCUUCGUGGAAACAAUGAAUGCGAGAUUGAAUCAGAGGUUAUUGCAGGUGUUAUGAAAGUAUGAAAUACUUUCACCGGUUUCUGAGCUCAAUAUGCGUUAAUCUUCUUGAUAUGUUGUAAUAGCGAUUUAGAGGUUUGAGUGAUUAUCAAAUCGUGGCUGAUCAGCAUAUUGCUAUUUACUGUAAACAAUUCAUACAU